AUGCAGGAUGCGCAACAAGAGUUUCCGCUGGAGGAAAGCACGGCAGAUUGUGCCAUGACCCAGCCCGACACCGAUUCUGGCUAUGGAGGCUCGAGUAACGCGAGUCUCCGGAUACGCGAUGACCACCUCGACCCCGAAGCUAGCUCCACGGCGUCUAGCAGUUGCUCCCGUUCUCAACCACCGUCCGACACCGGGACGAUUCAGCCGCAACCACAGCCAAUCCGGAUACGACCUAUUAAGAAACAAGUCGAUAUAGCCACGGCGAGACGGGCCAACGAUAUCAUCGAGCAAAUGAGCCUACUCUUGCAAGAGCACAUGGUGAAGUCCAAACGCUACAAAUACCUGUCGAGGCCCAAGCGUAGCCCCCCCUCCAUGUCAAUACGACCCAUCGUGCUCGGGACAACAGAAGAGGAUGCCAAGACUUGCCUGGUCAUCUUCUGUACUGAUAGCCACGGAGCUCAUGAUAAAAUCAAAGACUUCCUGCGCAAAUCUUUUGUCAAGGAACUGUACCAGCCUCGAGACAGUACGGAGCCUUCCUUUGAUGUCCACGUCGUGGGCGCAUCACCGAGUGGACAGGCCGGCGUUGCAGUCGGUAUACCCGUAAGCGACCGCCGACCAGAGACAUCUACAUGUACUCUAUGUGGGACAUCUAUCUACUUUGUCCAGGAGAAAAGCGAGCAGAAGCAGUUUGCGACAAUGGGGGGCAUCCUGCGGCUGGAGUUUCCAGAUGGCACCAACGACUUGUAUGGCCUAACUGCCGAGCACGGCGCCAUAGACCCAAGGGAUCCCAACGACAGCGAUACUUCCAUGUCAGACGGAGGUAGUGACAAUGGCGAUUCCUCAUCAAGACCUGCUUCGCCCAUCACCAUGGUCGAAAUUGACUUUGACCUGGGGCCAUGCUUGGAUGUUCCCACACGAGACGAUCAGGAAAUGCACUCGGAAGUCGAUGACCUCGAGCCUGUGAUGGCACGCGUGGAGCUAUCAGCUUUGGAAAAUGCUCAAAAUGGUGCAUUUCGCGACUGGGCAUUAUUCCCACUACCAACCAAAGACCUGAAGCCAAAACCAAACAUGCUCCAGCUCCAAGGACAACAACCCAAGGCACUGAGAAUGCCAGAUGGGCUAACUGACAUUUCAGAGAGCCGGGCAGUUCAAAUCAUCACGGGCUCAGGAUUGAAGAAGGCAACCCUGGCACCCUGCCUUAGCCGUGUUCUCCUCAAACCGGGCACUGCAUUUGUCUGGGCUUUCAUGGUAGAGUUGCAAACAAACGCCGACAUUCGCCGAGGCGAUUCGGGGUCUUGGGUUGUCGAUCCGUUGACACUUGAAGUAUACGGCCACCUGGUGGCUACUGAUGUCCUGAUGGGUGCUUAUGUUAUCCCUUUGGUCGAUAUCAUCGAAGACAUCAGAAGCCGCCUCCCUGAAGUAUCGGUUCAGUUUCCAUCUGACCAUCUGUUAAACCCGAAGGAUGAGGCCAUGAAACCAUCCUUAUCUCGAGGUUCCGUGGCUUACUGGGAGGACACCCCAUAUGCUAUCCCCUCUACCCAUCAUGGACAUUCAUACGGCAGUAACUCCAUGGCUGGUGCCAGCACGAUUGAUGGCACCGAACCACCGGCCUCGGUCUUCUCUCAACCAAUUUCCAUUACCACUGCAGCCUCCAGCUCCAUUGACUGGGGGGGUGAUGGUUUCAAGCUCAGAGCUUCAGAGACUGUUGCUGGCAGGACAGAGUCGAAAUCGGCCGGUAUGGUAAGCUCGGCCCCGAGAGUCUCACGAGACUCUCGCCCCGUUCUUUGGACGGCCUCCACUAUGCGAAAAAUGGCAAGGCUCUAUACCUACACUACACUUUCCCUGGCCAGGAUUAUGGAAGUAAUCUACAGUGACCGUGACCAUACGUAUGCCGUGCCCGGAAUCGAAUCGGCAAAUAAAAAGAUGAAUGCUUUGCUCGAUAAGCAGCCGAGAUGGCUUCACCCACGCACUGAAGAAGAUAUGGGGAUUCGCUUACGAGAGCUGGCCAAGUCACCCUUUCGCCGGAAACAGGCCCGUCACAAAUCAAGCUCCGAUGUCAAGACUGCCUCUGCGCGCAACGUAUCUGGACAAGAGGCGAUUGGGGUCGUAUCGACUGACCAGGGAUCAGAGCAUCGCCUCCCUUUCGAACCCUCGCAGAGAUCAACAGCACAUCCUCCGAAGUCCCCAAUCAUGCGCAUGCUCUCAGAUUACUCGCUAGAUUAUGUCAAAAAUGUCGACAUGUUAAUGAGUCGUUACAGCUUAGAGGGAGCUUUUGACCCAGGGACAGACUUCUCAGACAAGACGCUCUCGACCCGCGACAACUGGCUCCAUGAUGCCAGUGCACCUACUGCCGAGCUCUGCGAGACAAUAGCCCCAGGGGAUUUUCUCCGCCUCGAUGAGUUGCUUCUCGUUCAUAAACUCUGUGGCCAAGGACUGGACCGGCAUGACCAUCGAUCGUGUCUCUGCCGCGUGAGGGAUGAAGUGACCACUGAUGACUGGGUUACGGCAUCAGGUCUAACACUAAAGGCGACCAAUAUAUUAACUUCGUCGACCAUUGGGAUGCCCGCCUCCGCCUUUUCACUUACUGACUCCUUUGGAAACACAGCGUUGCACCUCCUGGCUGCACGGGAUGCCACGAAAGAGUGCCUCAUACAAGCGGUGGCCAGGGUACCAGACUCGACCUUGAUGGCGACCAACACAGCGGAUCAGACUUUCCUCCAUGUUUUGGGAACCUUUUGGUUCGAAGAAAUAAACUCCCAGGGCGCUUUGCUUCCAAGACUCUUGUUCCAGCUGAGCCGUCGGAAUUUUAACAUUCGCGCCCGGGAUAUUUACGGACGUAAUUUCUUCCAUAUCUGCCAGGCUCAUCUACCGGAUAAAUCUGCUAUGGAAGAUCUUCUUGCAACUUUCGGCCAGGGCGAUUUUGCUUGUCGCGAUGCGUUCGGGAUGAUUCCCACAGGCUUGCAAGACCAUCCAAUACCGUUGCUUGAACAGGAAACUGAGCAAUCACCAAGCAAUUCUCUGUUGGCGAGCCACGCACAGAUAUUGUCGGGGGUGCAUGCUGCAACCUUGAACCCUUCACUGGAGGACUCGCAUAACCGGAAUGGAUUGCAUCUACUCGCAGACGCCAUUCUUUCACAAGAUAUGCUUCUGGAUAACUUCGGGGCAUCUGAUGGAGAGGGUGGUAGAAGCACGCUCAGUCACAGAAACCGACGUCUUGAAACCGACAGCUCGCUCCCGAAGCUUUCCCUGCGCCUAAGCCUGAUGGAAGGCCUGCUUGGUGCGGGCGUGAACCCUAAUCACUACAACGGCGAUGGGAACACGGUGCUUAUGGCUUUUGCAGCACGUCUUCCAGAGGACGAUGAUUAUCAGCUGCCAGGCCGGAUCAUCCACACACUAGUAAAAGGAGGCGCUGAUGUCAACGCGCGAAACCGCCUGGGGGAGACGGCGCUUCACAUCGCGGUGCGGACUGGCCACAAACUCGUCACCAGAGCGCUUGUGGAAGCUGGGGCCAACGUGUAUGCGCGAGACGGGGAAGGACGCAGCGUUCUCGAUAUUGCUGAUAUCACGGCUCUCCAUGCCAAGGAUGUCAAGGAUUAUGCCCACGCUGAAGCUGCUCGUGCGUGGCUUUCAGGCCGUCAAGUAUGCGCCGUGCAGAAUCCUACAGUAAAGCAAGAAUGGGGGAUGCGAUGA